AUGGGCCGCUCCAAGUUUCCCGGCAAACCCUCCAAGUCGAUCAACCGUAAGCGGAUCAGUGUCCUGCAGCUGGAGGAUGAGGCGGCCAAUCCGGCGGAAUCGCAGCAGCCACCUCCCGAGUCCCAGCAGCCAAGUGGAUCCGGCUCGGGUUCGCCGGCUGCCCGGGAGAAGGGCAACAAUUGUGAUAACGAUGAGGAUGACAAUGCGCCGGGUGGAGCCUCAGUUGGUGGCAAUACGGCAUCCUCAUCCGCCGGCGGCGCAUCGGGUUCCGAAAGUAGCGGCAAUGGCAAUUCGGGCUCGGGAGGAUCAUCCGGUUCGGGAUCCACCAAUGGCGGUGGUGUAAAUGGCGGAACCCAUCACAAAAGUGCCGCCAAUCUGGAUAAGGAGGCUGUGACGAAGGAUCAAAAUGGGGACAGUGAUAAAACGAGAGGAAAUGCGGCAAGAUCAGGAGCACAAUCCACUGAGACAUCAAGCGCGGGAUCAUCCUCAGGCAAAUGUUCUGGAAAGACCUCCGGAAAGUCAGCAAAAACUUCAUCAACAGCAUUUUCUGGAACAUCCUCGGGACGGUCUUCUGGUUCAUCACCAGAUGCUAACUCUGGAACAUCAUCCGAUGGAGCAUCUUCUGGAAUAUUCUGUGGAAAGUCAACAUCAAGGAUCUCGGAAGUAUCCACGGCAUCAUCAUCCGGAGUAACCUCUGGAAAAUCUGCAAAAACAACCGCCACUGCGGCGACAUGCUCUUCUGGAAAAUCUUCAAAAGCAUCUUCUGGAACAACCUGUGAAGCCACGACCUCUGGCCUGUCUAGUGCAGCAUCCCUUAAGGCAUUAACCGUGGCAACACCGGUCACAUCCACUGGAUUGGCCUGUGCUCUGGUAUCCCCUGGAGGGGGAACCUCGCCGGGAGGAGCCUUUGCUAUAAGUGCCGCUUUGCUGAGAGCUCGCAAGAAUAGCAAUAAAAAGUUCAAGAAUCUAAACCUGGCCAGGGGCGAAAUUAUGCUGCCCUCCACAUCCAAGCUGAAGCAGCUGCAUAGUCCGGUGGUGGAUAGUCCCUCCUCCACCUCCACCUCCUCUGCCUCCUCCUCCUCCACGCCAAAUGCCUCAUCCACCUCUCCGCCAUCGUUGGAGGAGGGAGGAGGAGGAACUGGUGUGGGGAGCGUGGUGGUGGCGAGUCCGGGUGAAGAUGCAGCCCUGAAGCGCGUCUUGAGCGAAAUGCCCAAUGAAGUUGCCCCCGAGGCACCUCCAUCCAACUGCCCUGCAGCCUCAAGUGGGGCAUCGUCGGGAAAGGGAGCUGCAUCCAAUGAAGCACCAUCAGUGGCAACAUCCACUACUGGGGGCAGUAGUCCUAAAUCUGUACCAGAUGCAGCAGGGUCAUCGACGGCAUCAACGGCGACGAAGCAAAAGAAGACGGUAACAUUUAGGAAUGUGCUGGAGACAAGCGAUGAUAAGUCGGUGGUCAAGCGGUUCUACAAUCCGGAUAUCCGCAUACCAAUCGUCUCGAUUAUGAAGAAGGAUUCCCUCAACCGGCCGCUGAAUUACUCCCGAGGAGGCGAAUGCAUCGUGCGGCCCUCCAUUCUGUCAAAGAUACUCAACAAGAACUCCAACAUCGAUAAGCUCAACUCGCUUAAAUUUCGAUCGGCGCCAGCGAACUCCUCAUCUUCCUCAAGUCAGGAAUCGGGAUCCUCACCAAAUGUAUUUGGUUUAUCACGCGCCUUUGGCGCUCCCAUGGAUGAGGAUGAUGAGGGUGGAGUAACCUUUCGUCGCCAAGAGUCUCCUGAGGAUCAUAACAAUGUAGAGGAUGAUGAAAUGGAGGAGGAUGAGGACGAUGAAGAGGUCGAGGAGGAGGAGGAAAAUGAGGAUGACAAUGAUGAAGCAGCAUCUGAAAAGAGUGCGGAGACAGAAAAAAGUGCAGGAACCGAGGACCGGGAUCCGGAAGAGAAGCAACUGGUCAUGGAUUCGCAUUUCGUGUUGCCCAAAAGGAGCACGCGAUCCUCUAGAAUCAUCAAGCCCAACAAGAGAUUGCUCGAAGAGGGUGGCAUCAGCAGCAAGAAGACCCCAUCAAGUGGCGACUCCAAGACUAAGAACCUCUUUGGAGCAGCUUCCUCAAGUACGGUUUCCACGGCAUCCACCUCCUCCGCUCCUGCAAGUCUGAAGCUCGCCAAGGAGAGCUUCUCCAGCUUUGGCAGCCUGAAAUCAAAUAGCAGUACAGGUGGAAGCUUUGUGCUAAGGCAGCCGCGACUGCAAUUCCAGGCGGACAGCAAGCCAGGACCCUUUGCUGUCGCCAAAGCCGGACCAACAUCGCCCAGUGCCAUUCCGACGCCAGCGAAUUCCCUGGCGGUUUCGUCCUUUGGAACGCUGGCCAAUCCCAGCACCAGUUCCACAAUAGGAACUCUUACUCCCAGUGCCUGCUCCGUGUGCUCCGCGGCGGUCAGCAGCAAAGAGGUGGCUCAAGCUCGCAAAUAUGGAGUGGUGGCCUGCGACGUGUGCAGGAAGUUCAUCUCGAAGAUGACCAAGAAAUCAAUAUCGGCCAAUUCGAGCAGUGCCAAUGCUUCCUCCGGCAUCCAACAGCAGCUACAAUGCAAAGGAAGCGAAGGAUUAACCUGCAGCAUUCAUUCGGCCAAGAGUCAGUUGAAGAACUUCAAGAAGUUUUACAAGGAUCGCUGCACCGCUUGUUGGCUGAGGAAAUGCAUGAUCUCGUUUCAGCUGCCAGCAGCGCAUAGGAGUAGAUUGGGGGCCAUGUUGCCACCGGGAAUGCGAGGAGAGACCUCCGGCCGGGAGGAUAAGUCCACGGAAUUGCUGUCUCCCACUGGCAGCUUAAGAUUUACUUCCUCUGCCUCCUCUACUUCCUCUUCUGUGGUUGCUUCCACUUCGGUUAAGUGGAAGUCCAGUGGUGAUACCGCCUCAGCUUUGACCUCGAUUAAGUCUAAUCCGCUGGCGGAGAACAAUGUUACAUUUGGUAGCACUCCCCUGCUACGUCCCGCGAUUUUGGAGAAACCUCUCUUCCUGAAGAUAACCAAUGCGGCAGAUCAAAAGCUCACAGCUACAGAGGCAAUCAGUCCAAUUCCGUCAAGGAAGGCGAGUAAAUCAGAAAAGGAUAAGGGAGUGGAACAGGAACAAAGCGAGAAGCCACUCAGUCCCACACUGGUAGCCGUCAAGAAAUCUGCAGCAGUGGAAACUCCAGUUACAGAAGCUCAAGCUCAAAAAGAGGAGGCACCAGCAAUACAGCCUGCUGCUUCUAAUGGAACUUCUCAAGGAGUUGCUCAAGCAGAACCAAAUGGGGAAACCAAUGCUACAGGAGGCGACACCCUGAAACGUCAAAGAAUUGAUCUAAAGGGACCUCGAGUAAAACAUGUGUGCCGCAGUGCUUCUAUCGUGCUUGGACAACCCUUGGCCACCUUUGGCGAGGAUCAGCCCGAAGAGGAGGCUGAUGUGCAGCCAGAAAUUGCUGAUCCAGUGCCAUCAGCGAUUCCAGAACCUGUUCCUGAGAAGCCAACUCAAAUGGUUACAGACGAAAACGCUAAUUGUGCUAGCUGUAAAACUCCUACUGUUGAGGAGGAAACGAAACCCAGUAAGUCCUCUGGAAGUACUCAAGCUGAAGUGAAGAAGGUACUAACCGGAGGAAAGGAAGGAUCAGUAAACGCAACUGGAGGUCAAGCACUUUUAACAGCAGCACCUGCGAAGGUUACGACAAGGAACGCAGCGGUUACAUCCAACCUGAUAGUGGCGGCCAGCAAAAAGCAGCGAAAUGGGGACAUUGUUACCUCCAGUUCGGUCACUCUAUCCUCCAAUCAAACGCAGGGACGCAAAGCAAAGGAGCAGAGACAGCAACGCACGCUUAUCUCCAUCGAUUUCUGGGAGAAUUAUGAUCCUGCUGAAGUUUGCCAAACGGGUUUUGGAUUGAUUGUAACCGGAACUGUGGCGCAGAGGGCUUUGUGUUUUCUAUGCGGCUCUACGGGUUUGGAUCCACUGAUCUUCUGUGCCUGCUGUUGUGAACCCUACCAUCAGUAUUGUGUCCAGGAUGAGUAUAACCUGAAACAUGGCUCUUUUGAGGAUACCACGCUGAUGGGCAGCCUAUUGGAAACGACGGUGAAUGCGUCAACUGGACCAUCAUCAUCUUCCCUAAAUCAACUGACUCAACGUCUGAAUUGGUUGUGUCCACGCUGCACCGUUUGCUACACCUGCAAUAUGUCAUCAGGAUCCAAGGUCAAGUGCCAAAAGUGUCAGAAGAACUAUCACAGCACGUGCUUGGGUACCAGCAAGAGACUUCUAGGAGCGGAUCGUCCUUUAAUAUGCGUCAAUUGCUUGAAAUGCAAGUCUUGCUCCACCACAAAAGUAUCGAAAUUCGUGGGGAACUUACCGAUGUGCACGGGUUGCUUUAAGCUGCGCAAGAAGGGCAACUUUUGUCCAAUAUGCCAGAGAUGCUAUGAUGACAACGACUUUGAUCUGAAAAUGAUGGAAUGCGGUGAUUGUGGCCAAUGGGUUCAUUCCAAGUGCGAAGGUCUUAGCGAUGAGCAAUACAAUCUACUGAGCACUCUGCCGGAAUCCAUCGAGUUCAUCUGCAAGAAGUGUGCACGCCGAAAUGAGAGUUCCAGAAUCAAGGCUGAGGAGUGGCGGCAGGCGGUGAUGGAGGAGUUCAAGGCGAGUCUCUACAGUGUUCUGAAGUUGCUCAGCAAGUCUCGGCAGGCUUGUGCCCUUCUGAAACUCAGUCCCCGCAAGAAAAUGCGUUGUACCUGCGGAGCAUCCUCGAACCAAGGGAAACUGCAACCAAAAGCCCUCCAAUUUAGCAGUGGAUCGGAUAACGGUUUGGGCAGCGACGGUGAGUCCCAAAACAGCGACGAUGUCUACGAGUUCAAGGAUCAGCAGCAGCAGCAACGGAAUGUGAACAUAAACAAGUCGCGAGUGAAGUCCCUGCCCUGCUCCUGCCAACAGCACAUCAGUCAUCCGCAAUCCUUUAGCCUGGUGGAUAUAAAGCAGAAGAUUGCUGGCAACUCAUAUGUUUCCCUGGCAGAAUUCAACUAUGAUAUGAGCCAGGUCAUCCAACAGAGUAACUGCGAUGAACUAGAUAUUGCGUAUAAGGAGCUGUUGAGUGAACAGUUUCCCUGGUUCCAAAACGAAACGAAAGCCUGCACUGAUGCUUUGGAGGAGGAUAUGUUUGAGUCCUGUUCGGGAGCUAACUACGAGGAUCUGCAAGAUGGAGGAGGAGGAGGAAGUGCCUCUCUUUAUAACGAACACUCCACCUCGCAGGCAGAGUCGCGUUCUGGUGUCUUGGAUAUUCCUCUGGAAGAGGUUGACGACCUUGGCAGCUGUGGCAUCAAGAUGCGAUUGGACACCAGGGUGUGCCUCUUUUGCCGGAAGAGCGGCGAGGGAUUAUCCGGAGAGGAAGCACGGCUUCUGUACUGCGGUCAUGAUUGCUGGGUUCACACCAAUUGUGCCAUGUGGUCUGCCGAGGUAUUCGAGGAGAUCGACGGUUCACUGCAAAAUGUCCACAGUGCGGUGGCGAGGGGCAGGAUGAUCAAGUGCACGGUAUGUGGAAAUCGAGGAGCCACCGUUGGAUGCAAUGUGCGAUCUUGUGGUGAACACUAUCACUAUCCAUGUGCCAGAAGUAUCGACUGCGCAUUUCUCACAGAUAAAUCCAUGUAUUGCCCGGCACAUGCCAAGAAUGGAAAUGCCUUGAAGGCCAAUGGUUCCCCCAGUGUUACAUAUGAAUCCAACUUUGAAGUAUCCCGACCGGUCUACGUGGAAUUGGAUAGAAAGAGGAAGAAGUUGAUUGAACCAGUCCGAGUGCAAUUCCACAUUGGAUCUUUGGAGGUGCGGCAAUUGGGAGCCAUUGUCCCCAGAUUUUCAGAUUCCUACGAGGCCGUGGUGCCCAUCAACUUCCUGUGCAGUCGGCUGUAUUGGUCCUCAAAAGAACCCUGGAAAAUUGUGGAGUACACAGUGCGCACCACCAUUCAGAACAGUUCGUCAACCCUAACAGCGCUGGAUGUAGGUAGGAACUAUACAGUGGAUCACACAAAUCCGAACAGCAAGGAGGUUCAGUUGGGUAUGGCUCAAAUUGCCCGCUGGCACACAAGUCUGGCUAGGAGUGAUUUCCUGGACAAUGGAGCCGAUUGGAGCGCGGAGUUCCCCAAUCCUAACUCUUGUGUACCACCGGAUGAAAACACCGAAGAGGAGCCGCAACAGCAGGCUGAUUUGCUGCCCCCGGAGAUCAAGGAUGUCAUAUUCGAGGACCUCCCCCACGAACUGCUCGAUGGCAUCUCCAUGCUGGAUAUAUUCAUGUAUGAGGAUUUAGUGGAUAAGCCAGAGUUGUUUUCCAUGAGCGAGCAAUCCAAGGAUGGUACUCAGGCAAUGACUUCCAAUCAGGCUCAUAAUCAAAAUCAACAGGCAGAAGGAGCUGCUUCUGUAAGCAUCUGUGAUGAGGACACCCGAAAUUCGAAUACGAGCUUGGGAAAUGCUUGCUGGCCAGCCAGCAAUCCCGUGGAGGAUGCGAUGCUAUCCGCAGCCAGAAACUCCAGUCAAGUGCAGAUGCUCAAAACACUAGCCUGGCCGAAGCUGGACGGUAAUAGUGCCAUGGCCACGGCUAUUAAGAGGCGGAAACUGUCGAAAAACUUAGCCGAAGGAGUGCUGUUAACCUUGAGCAGUCAGCAACGGAGCAAAAAGGAGAUGGCCACCGUGGCUGGCGUAUCGAGAAGGCAAUCCAUCAGUGAAGCAUCCAUCGAGGGAAUAGCCUCCACAUCUGGAUCAGUGAGGAGCAAGAGCUUCACCUGGAGUGCAGCCAAGCGCUAUUUCGAAAAGAGCGAAGCACGCGAAGAGCCAUCCAAGAUGAGGAUAAUGCAAAUGGAUGGCGUGGACGACUCCAUCACCGAAUUUAGAAUAAUUGGUGGAGAUGGAAAUCUAUCAACGGCUCAGUUCAGCGGUCAGGUUAAAUGUGAUCGAUGUCAGUGCACCUACAGGAACUACGAUGCCUUCCAGCGCCAUUUACCAUCUUGUGGGCCAACCAUGUCCAACAACGAAUCCGAAUCUGAAGUGAAUGCAGCGGGAAACGCCAAUAAUCCUGCCCAACUGAGUGCAGAAAGCUUGAAUGAGCUGCAAAAGCAACUUUUAGCGAAUGCAGGAGGUUUAAAUUAUCUUCAAACGGCAACCUCGUUUCCCCAAGUGCAGAGUAUAGGUUCCCUGGGACAGUUUGGGUUGCAGGGACUGCAGCAGCUUCAAUUGCAGCCACAAUCCCUGGGCAAUGGAUUCUUCCUGUCUCAACCGAAUACAACUACCCAAGCGAACACGGAUGAUUUGCAAAUCUAUGCAAAUUCACUGCAAAGUUUGGCUGCCAAUCUGGGUGGAGGUUUCACUUUGGCUCAACCGACAGUGACAGCUCAGGCGCAACCUCAAUUGAUAGCUGUUUCCACCAAUCCCGAUGGCACUCAGCAGUUUAUCCAAAUUCCUCAGACAAUGCAGGCCACCACAGCACCAACAGCCACUUAUCAGACCCUGCAGGCCACUAAUACGGACAAAAAGAUUAUGCUUCCCUUGACGGCGAGUGGAAAACCACUUAAGACAGUGGCCACCAAGGCGGCACAACAGGCGGCGGUUAAACAGAGGCAGCUGAAGUCCGGCCAUCAGGUGAAGCCCAUUCAGGCCAAGUUGCAACCGCAUCCCCAGCAGCAUCAACAGCAGCAGCAGGCUCAGGUGCAGCAACCCAUCACCGUGAUGGGUCAGAAUCUCCUCCAGCCGCAGCUGCUGUUCCAGAGCAGCGCGCAAUCGCAGGCACCGCAGCUAAUCCUGCCCCAGGCUCAGCCCCAGAACAUAAUCUCAUUUGUGACCGGAGACGGAAGCCAAGGACAGCCGCUGCAGUACAUCUCCAUACCCACCGCGGGGGAAUAUAAGCCGCAGCCGCAGGCGACGCCCACUUUCCUGACAACUGCUCCCGGUGGAGGUGCCACCUAUCUGCAAACGGAUGCGAGUGGAAAUCUAGUGCUGACCACCACACCCACCAAUUCAGGAUUACAAAUGCUCACGGCGCAGUCUCUCCAAGCGCAACCUCAAGUGAUAGGCACGCUCAUCCAACCGCAGACCAUUCAAUUGGGAGGAUCAGCAGAUGGCAACCAGGCAGGCGGCAACCAGCAGCCCUUAAUUUUGGGAGGAACUGCAGGAGGAGCUUCUGGUCUGGAGUUUGCCACCACCACACCCCAGGUAAUCCUGGCCACCCAACCCAUGUACUAUGGCCUGGAGACGAUCGUCCAAAACACGGUCAUGUCGUCGCAGCAAUUCGUGUCCACUGCAAUGCCGGGAAUGCUGAGCCAGAAUGCCAGCUUCUCGGCCACCACUACACAGGUGUUCCAGGCUAGUAAAAUAGAACCGAUUGUGGAUCUGCCCGCUGGAUAUGUGGUGCUCAAUAAUGCUGGAGACGGAACUAGUGCGGGGACAUUCCUAAACGCAGCCAGCGUGUUGCAACAGCAAUCGCAGGAUGAUGCGACUACGCAACUACUGCAGAAUGCCAACUUCCAGUUCCAGACGGUGCCCACAUCCUCAGGAACCUCCACAUCAAUGGAUUACUCCUCUCCCAUAAUGGUCACGGCCAAGAUUCCGCCAGUAACUCAAAUGAAGAGGACGAAUGCUCAAGCCAAGGCCGCGGGGAUGUCGGGAGUGGGCAAAGUGCCACCGCAACCGCAGGUGGUCAACAAGGUGCUGCCCACGAGCAUAGUCACCCAGCAGUCCCAAGUACAGCUGAAGAACUCCAAUCUCAAGCAAUCUCAAGUGAAGGCCAAGGCUGCAUCGGGAACGGGUACCAAUUGUGGAGCACCACCCAGUAUAGCUUCCAAACCACUGCAGAAGAAGACCAACAUGAUACGACCCAUUCACAAGCUGGAAGUGAAACCCAAAAUAAUGAAGCCCACACCCAAGGUGCAACAACCAAAUCAGGUCCUGCUGCAGCAACAUCAGCAGCAGCAGCAGCAGUCACAGUUGCAGCAGCAGAUUCCAGCCGUCGUGGUCAGUCAAGUGCCCAAGGUAACGAUCUCACAGCAGCGAAUCCCAGCGCAGCCGCAACAGCAGCAGAUACAGCAAACGCAGUUGAUCCACAUUCCCCAACAGCAGCAGCAGCAGCAACAACAACAGCUGCAGCAGCAACACGUGCAGGUUCAGCCCUCGAUGCCCAUCAUCACCCUGGCCGAAACACCUGUGCUGCAAACCCAAUUCGUGAUGGAACCUCAAGUGUUGGAGCAGCAGGAGCUGGUCAACCGAGUGCAGCAUUUCUCCACCAGUAGCAGCGGUAGUAGCAGCAGCUGUUCCCUGCCCACCAAUGUGGUGAAUCCCAUGCAACAACAGGCACCACCAACAACAAGUAGCUCGACGACAAGGCCAACAAAUCGGGUGCUACCAAUGCAGCAGCGACAGGAGCCUGCUUCUUUGUCCAACGAGUGUCCGGUUGUCCCGUCACCCACUCCUCCGAAACCCGUAGAACAGCCGAUAAUCCAGCAAAUGACCAGCACCAGUGCCUCCAAGUGCUAUGCCCAGAAGACAGCAUUACCGUCACCAGUUUAUGAGGCGGAACUUAAAACCAGUUCGGUUUUGGAGAGCAUUGUGCCCGCUGUCACGAUGGACGCAAUCAUGGAGGAACAGCCGGCCACAGAGUCAAUCUACACGGAGGGACUCUACGAGAAACAUUCACCGGCGGAGGCUAAGACCGAGCAGCUCCUUCUCCAGCAGCAGCAACGCGAGCAACUGAGUCAACAGCUGGCCAACAACGGUUAUCUGCUUGAAAAGCACGCCUUUCAAGUAGAAGCCAUGGACACGGAUGCCUACAGGGAGGAAGAUCUCGAGGAUGAAGAUGACGAGGAUGAUGACUUCAGCUUGAAGAUGGCCACAUCGGCGUGCAACGAUCACGAGAUGUCCGACAGUGAAGAGCCGGCGGUUAAGGACAAGAUCAGUAAGAUUCUGGACAACCUGACCAACGACGACUGUGCUGAUUCCAUAGCCACGGCGACGACGAUGGAAGUAGAGGCCAGUGCUGGUUACCAGCAAAUGGUGGAGGACGUUCUGGCCACCACUGCAGCGGCAUCUGCUCCGACCGAAGAGUUCGAGGGUACUCUGGAAACUGCAGCCGUUGAGGCAGCUGCAACAUACAUAAACGAAAUGGCCGAUGCCCAUGUCCUGGAGCUCAAGCAACUGCAGAAUGGAGUGGAACUGGAACUACGAAGGAGAAAGGAGGAGCAACGGACGGGACCACAGGAACAAGAGCCAUCGAAGGCAGCCGUUGUGCCCACAGCAGCUGCUCCAGAGCCACCACCACCUAUUCGCGAGCCCAAGAAGAUCAGUGGUCCCCAUUUGCUCUAUGAAAUCCAGAGCGAAGAUGGUUUCACGUACAAAUCUAGUUCCAUAUCUGAGAUCUGGGAGAAGGUCUUUGAGGCAGUGCAGGUGGCCAGGCGGGCCCAUGGACUCACUCCGUUGCCAGAGGGUCCUCUGGCAGAUAUGGGUGGCCUCCAGAUGAUCGGCCUCAAAACGAAUGCUCUGAAGUAUUUGAUUGAACAGUUGCCGGGCGUGGAAAAGUGCUCGAAGUAUACUCCCAAGUAUCACAAGCGAAAUGGCAACGUAUCAACAGCGGCGAGUGGCGGACAUGCAGGGAACACGGGUGGAUGCAGUGCAUCCGCCGCCCUGGCAUCAGCUUCUGGUGGAGAUUCCCAAGGUCUGCUCGACUAUGGGUCGGACCAGGAUGAGCUGCAGGAGAAUGCCUACGAUUGCGCCCGAUGCGAGCCGUAUGCCAAUCGCAGCGAGUAUGAUAUGUUCAGUUGGUUGGCCUCAAGGCAUCGCAAACAGCCCAUCCAGGUGUUUGUCCAGCCAUCAGACAAUGAACUGGUGCCAAGGAGAGGAACUGGCAGCAAUCUCCCUAUGGCCAUGAAGUAUCGUACGCUGAAGGAGACGUACAAGGAUUACGUUGGGGUCUUCAGAUCGCACAUUCAUGGACGAGGCCUCUACUGCACCAAGGACAUUGAAGCGGGUGAAAUGGUAAUUGAGUACGCCGGCGAGCUGAUUCGCUCCACACUGACAGACAAAAGAGAGCGUUACUAUGACAGUCGCGGCAUCGGCUGUUAUAUGUUCAAGAUUGAUGAUAACCUCGUAGUAGAUGCCACCAUGCGCGGCAAUGCGGCGCGAUUUAUCAAUCACUCCUGUGAGCCGAAUUGCUACUCGAAAGUGGUGGACAUCUUGGGACACAAGCACAUCAUCAUCUUUGCGCUGCGUCGAAUCGUUCAGGGCGAGGAGCUGACCUACGACUAUAAGUUCCCUUUCGAGGAGGAGAAGAUACCUUGCUCAUGCGGCUCCAAAAGGUGUCGGAAGUACUUAAAUUAAGGAAAAGGGGGAUGACAGGGAUAGGAAUCAAGAAGGACGCUGGGCGUCCAAAUUAAUCCGUAUACUCAGAAACAAGGGUUGAUUUUUCUGGAAAGAACUGGGGCUUGAAUACUUUGCUUUGAUAUUAUUUUUGACCUUUUGCCUGAAGAAAAUCCAAGACAUUUUCUUAUAAAGUAUUGUAAAACCAUAGUCCAAUACUAUAAUCUACGCAAACAAUUUAAACUCAAAAGUAAACAAUAGUACAUCACUCAGAUGUAGUUUCUUAACUUGUUCUGAUUGGACUAUCGUAAUCGUUUCUUAAUUAUUCGUGAAUAUGUGUAUGUAGUUCUUUUAUUUUUUUAACUUUUAACACAAAUAGUGAUUGAUCAUAUAUUUCCUUAGAGCAACUAAGAAAAACAAGAAAGAGAAGCCUAGUUUUUUUUUGGGAAGAGGCAAAAAUUAUGUUAAAAAUCUUAACUCAAUAUUGCAAAAAUCAUAAACCCUAUUGUGAACAGAGGAGAAACACACCUGGAAUGAGAAUUGAAACACUUGUAGUUAACGGUUAUAUCGAUCUAUGUUUGGUCAAUCGUGAUACUUUUCGUUUUACAACCCCCAUACGUCUUAAGUAGUUGAUAUGUAAAAGUUAAACAGUUGAUAUUAUUAUAUAUCCUAUAUUUAAAGAACACGGCACAUAUUAGGCAACGAAGCAAGCAAAAUCCGAGCAAUCGGAUUUAAUGAACAGAAACUCGACGACGUCAGUAUUCAGGGGGUGAAUAAUUAAUUGUAUAAUAAAUAUGUUACGUAUAAUAAUAUGCAGAUCAGAUAGCUAACUAGACUAAGGCUCCACAGAUUCUAUAAACCACAUACAUAUAACUAAGCUAAGCUGAUAAAUAUAACACUUGUUGGGCUUAGACGAAUGACAGAUAAACGAUGGGAGACAUUAAAAACAAUUACUUACAGGGGCUUGUGUUAGAUUGUACAUAUAUAUAUUGCAUACGAAUUAUAAAUAUCUAUAUUAUAUACCUACUGUAUGAAAACUAACCUUAAGUUACCAGGAUUGUGUAAGAAGAAACUAUUUUAUGUAGAGCUCUGCGUAUUUAUGUUUGUUAACAAUUAACCAACCGAUUAAUUGAUUGAACUACGAAUAAUAUCCGCAACCACAUGCUUAUAUAUCUAUUUAGGGAUCGAAACCAAGCAUCACCCUUGAAAUUAUUGUAUUGUGAACAGGCAAAUCCACAACCACAACUCCAACAACCAAUUGUAAUUGUAUAUUUAUUAUUUUACACCUAAGUUUUAAAGCAUGUACAUUUUUGUGACCAUUUGUUUGCCUUGAUUUGAAGCCCAAGCAUAAUCAUAAUUUGUAACGCCUAUCUUUAGUUCAGCUCCCUUGUAUUCUACUAGUUUAACGAUUGUUUCGCUUAAGACUAGCAUUAGUCCGCUCUGGUAUUUGUCCAAAAUUGUACACACAAAAGAACACACAGCAGGCAGAUAUGUAUGUAUAUUCCUAUCGGGGCGAUCGGUCGGACUUGUACAGGCAAAGUUCCAUAGCAUUUUUUGGCAGCCAUUCAAGACGCGCGCACUUUUUGCACGCUGUCGAGGAAUUUUAUAUUUUUAUUCCCUAAAGAAAAAAGUUUAAUAAACUACAGAUUAAAAUUCAAA